GAAGAACUCAGGGAGGCCAUCAACAAGGUCAGUGAAAUCCGGAUUGACAUGAUGGUUGAUGCAGAUCAACACCUUCGUUCUCAGAGGCUGUUGCAUUUGCUGGAACAAGCAUUCCAUAACUACCCUCGUGUUGAGAACUUGGUGAGGCAGUAUGUUUUGCGAGUAGGCCAAGGAUGCGCUUGUGGUUUCGAGGUUUUCCGUCUACUUCGGCAAGAGUUUUCGGUGCAGACCCGGAAUGAAGCCAUGAGUUACCGAAACAAGGUCUUGGAAUGGAGUUCAAGUUCACGAAGUAAUUUAUUGGACAUUGUCAGGAUGUUUGAGGUUGAGGUUAUGCAGUUUCAUGGGAUGCUGGAUAGCACGGCCAAUCCACAUCUCAUGAGCGAUCUUCGGAUUCGAGAUGCGGACCUGUACUUGGUUCUUAUGCGUAACUUGCCUGAAAGGGUCCAACUUCAUUGUCAACUUCAUGCUGGACAAACAUUUUUGGACUUGAGACAAUGUGUUGAAGAUUACCAUCAUCGAACCAGGAUCGUUUCGGACCAUGGGAAGCUGGCCAAGUUGGACGUGGACCGCAAGGGCAAAGGUGGAAAGGAUGGCAACAAAGGUGGAAAGGAUGGCAACAAAGGUAGCGGAAAAGAUGGCAAAGGUGGUUAUGGCCAAGAAUCUGGAAAAGGAAAGAAAGGAAAGGAAGGUAAGUCGGAGUCGAAAGGCAAGGGCAAGGGUGGUGGUCAUGAAAAAGGUCAAGGUGAUGCACGUCAAAGGUCGCCCGUGCUUGUACUCGCGCCGGUGCGGCGUCGCGUGUUGCUGUGAGCCCAGAGCAGCUGUUGCGAGUGAAUGCCAGUCAGGGUGUUAGGUGGCUAGUGGACUCUGGAGCCACAUGUCAUGCGGUAUCUCGUAAGAUGUUGAAGAAGUUCACAGUUCUCAAGCACUAUAGGGGUGUGAAUGCUUCACUAGUAAGUGCAAGUGGAAAUGAGAUUCCAACACAUGGAGUUGUGGACUUGCGAGUGGAGUUUGGCGGACGUGACUUUGUUUUGAGUUUCGUUGUUGUGGCUGAGAUGCCCUUCAAUGUGAUCUCAUCGUGGGCGUUGGCUACCAAAGGUUGGGUGACUGUGCUGGCUGAGACCGAUGAAGGAUCGAAGCUUGUCUGCGAGAAGGCUCAAUGUGAGAUUGGCUUGCAGGUCGAGGACAGGUCGUGGUGGGCUGUCUGUAGUUCCGUGGUUGAUCGGCCAAGUAGGUCUGGAAAGGCAAAGGCUGUUCCGAUGGAGGUUGAUGCUUGCGUGGCUGAGUUUUUGGAACAGAUGUCCAUGCUUGAAAGUCAGGACGCUGGUGAGGUGUCUGUGAGGUUGGCUACGGCUGAGGAGGUUGAACAGGUAUCGAAACGAAUUCCGAAGAGUGUGGAGAAAGCUGAUGUGUCGUCCUCGAAACGAAUUCCGAAGAGUGCGGAGAAGGCUAAUGUGUCGUUCUCAUCUCCAAAAGUUCAAACGUUUAGGCCGUCCAGUGGCUCCAUGGGAUCGUAUUCGUAUUUGGUUCGGGUGGUUGAGAGCGAAGCUGUUUUUGCCGCGCCUGUCUCUGGCGUGAGUGGGAUUGAAGUGUCUGUGGAUUGCCAGGGGAGCGUGUUUGAGCGUGAACACGGCUCUCGAGCCGACAUGGUAGGUGGUUGGCUGUGGGACCUCAGUCCGUGUGGGAGUUUGGAACUUGAGCUUGAGAGUGUUGAGCCAGCGUAUGCGGUGCAGUUGAAGAGAUGCGUAAGCGGUUGGUUGUUUGUGCUUUGGAUGUGGUUUGUCCUUUUGAAGAGUUGUGCACUGUUUUGGUAUCUAGAGAUGCUAGGAUGUCGUUGGCAUGUGAGAGUCAGUUUGUUUUCUUUGAUCCCCCAUGCCUUCCGCGCCCCGUACGGAGUGAGAAGAGCAGCGUUUGGUUUUGGGAUGAGAGGCGAUUCCGUGCUCAGUGUCACUGUUGUCGGACAUGGACAUGAGACUCAGUGGAUGAUAUGGGUGCCAGUCUAUUUAGGUUUUCGACCGUUGCUGUGUCGCUCAGCAGUCAAGAGAAUGGGUACAGAAGAUGUUGACGAUGCAGCCCGGUCUGGGCCGCACUUUCGGCACCACAGAGGCUUAAAAACAGAUAUAUUAAAUAUAUCUGCCGUUUUUGAGGUGCUAAUGCAGUUGCAGUCAUGUCAUGAAAUCCGCUUGGAUCGUGAGCCAGGGUCCGGGAGCCUCGUUUGUGAGAGAGUUGACAUGAUCCGUGGACUACCUAAAGUAGUAGAUGUUGAGGCAGAAGGUGAAGGUGUAAGAGAACGAGAGCCGUUUGAUCCGUUUGCGGAUGACCCGUUAGAUGGGGAGUACACUCCAACGGAGGCACCAGGUUCACCAGAAGGUUCACGUGAUAAGGAUCUAGAUGUUCCGAUUGACGUGGAAAUGAGUGAACAGUCGGAAUUUGAACCCGAGCUUGUAUCGCCGCAGUUGGAAGAGAGUGUAGCUGCGUACGCGCGUCAUUGUUCAACAGGCCAUUGGCCUUAUAGUAGAGACUGUAAGUCGUGUUGUAAAGCUCGUGGUCGUAUGCCUGCUCGCCGUCGUGAGAAGGAAGAACAGUUUUCUGUUGGAGUUGAUUUUCUCUUUUUUGGAAAUAAGAUUCGUGUGUUCUUGGCCGUAGUUGUAAGUACACACAUGAUGUUUGCGCACGUGAUGCGCCCGUCAUACCACCGGAACGUGUCCGCGAUCUCAGCGGGGAUGGCGGAGAUUGGGGCUACGGGCCAAGAGAUUGAGUGGGUUGGAGAUCAGGAAGAUUUGUUGGAAAAGUUGUUGAGAGAUGUUGCAAAGUAUCAAACUUUUCCCGGCAUUGGAGCGCAUUGGAGACAUGCCCCCGUUGGAAGAAAGCAGGGUUUGGUAGAACGAUACGUUUGCAUUUUCAAAGAGGGUGUGUUUUCGAUUUGGAUGAGCAUGGAGGACAUGUUAGGGUGUCGGGUGGCUUUGGAAAGUGACCUUUUUAAACUCUGUGUUCAGUAUGCCGCGAGAACUCACAACAUACAUAACACAACUCGAUGUUCCAGCGCAACCCCUCUGGACCGGAUGAGAAAUUCGAGUGAAGCCCCAAAACCGUCGACGUAUCCUUUCGGGUGCUUGGGAAACGCUGUACCGAAGAACAAGGAUGAUCCUAGGUUUCGAGGUCAAAGGCUUGUUCCUAUCGUGUAUUUUGGACCACUGCGUUCAACUGGAGCCGGAACUUUAGGGAUGUGUUUGGAACGUUUUGACGACGCGCCCAAAGUUGAAGAGUUUGGUAAGUUUAGGAUGCAGGUUGGGGAACAAGGGAAUCCUUUUGUGAUGAGUCGUGAAGCCCUUGAGCCUGUUGCGAUUCCUAGAGCACAAGUUGCCCCUCCUGUUGAAGAUUACCCCUCUCAGCCGCCUGCCCCGGCCGGCCUGCUUAAACGACGUCGGGAAGAAGGUUCUAGUGUGGAGCCUGAGCCUGUGACGGUGGAACCUGUUGUAGCCGCACCAGAUGUUGAGAUGGGAGCAUCAAACGUACCUUCAGAAAUUGGAGAUGAGAGAAUGGAAUUGGACAUGUUGAUUGUGAAUUGGCAUGAAGCAGAACGCGAAAAGUUUCUUUUGAGAAAUUUUGAUGGGAUGCCUUCGGUGUCAAAGGCUUCAUGUUACAAAGUUGUUGAAACGUCUUUUUGUGGAUUGAAGGUAGAGGUACCGAUUCCGCAUGAUUUGAGAGACGAAAACACAGGUGAUGCUCUGAGUCCGGAAGAAGUGUAUGCUGCGGUACGGGUAGAACUCGACUCGUUGACCGCCCUUCGGGUUGGAAAAGGAAUCCUUGAGAAAGAAGCGCAAAGGGUAGCCAAGGAAGCAGGGAUUCGAAUCUUGUCAUCGCGUUGGGUCCUGACCCAAAAGUCGGAAGGACUCGCUCGGGCCCGUCUGGUUGUCAAGGACUUUAGGACGUAUGGAAAAACACCAGUUUUGGAAGGUAUAUAUUCCCCUACUGGAAGCAUUGAAGGUUUGAGGAUAAUGCUGGCCUUUGGAGAGUAUACAGCGUGCUUCUAUGGAACCUUGGAUGUCUCGACGGCAUUCAUGUUUGCAAAUCUCCCUCAGGAUUCAUUGGUGCUCGUUCGGAUGCCUCCCAGCAUCCUUUCCCGAAAUCAGAGGGUGACUUUGGUUCUUUGGAAGGCUAUGAAUGGUCUUAGGGAAGGACCGCUUCGAUGGUACACCGAGCUGACUUCAGGGCUUGAAAAGGAUGGCUUUCAGGCAACUGCGGAGGUCACGUUGUGGCGCCGCCAGGAGGGAGAUGGAUCGGUCACUAGUGUUUUGAUCUACGUUGAUGAUUUGCUAGUAUCUAAUCCGAGUAAAGAGAGAGUUGAAAAUGUCAUGGUGGUGUUGGAAGGUAAGUACAAGGUAAAGAGAACGGGUUGGCUUUCUCAGGAGAAUCCGGGACAGUUGAAAUUUUUGGGACGUUUGUUGACCAGAGAGUGGGCGUAUGGACCACUCACUCUGGGAUUGUCGGAAGAGUAUGUGGAUGAAAUUCUGCAUGUAUGGAAUGAGAGAUUGAAGCCUACUGAAUCUCUACCAAAAUUGGAAGACCUUCUGAAAUCAGAAGAGAAGAAAGAACACGCACCAUUGACCGCUGCGGCAGUUGAGAGAUAUAGGAAGGUUUUGGGCAUGCUGGCUUGGGCCUCGGUAUCGCGAUGCGAUUUGUUGUUUGUUGUGGGAUUCCUGUCUCGAGGACAGAGUAGUCCUACUGGACCGUAUGAAUCGUGUUUGAGAGCGGUACUGAAAUGGAUUAUGACUAGAAGAGCUGUUGUCCAAACGUUUCCUGCAUCAGCGCCACCGUCGACUGUCUUAGAAGGGGAAGAUGUGUUGAUAGGUUAUUGCGAUGCCUCUUGGAACAACCCGUCGGUUUCAGGAGGAGGCAUUAGCUGGAACGGUCAUUGCUUGAAGAUGUGGUCCAGGAAGCAAUCAGUGCCAGCUCUAUCAUCGGCAGAAGCAGAACUCGCGUCGAUGGUGGAGUGUUUGAAGGAACUCAUGCAUGUGGGGAUUGUGUUGCAAACUCUACGUCAAGGUAUCGUGUAUGAUGCUCAAGGAGCUCCAGAGAAAACGACGCAUGACAUGAAGAUGGUAUUGCAUUGUGAUUCAACAGCUGCAAACUCGAUCAGUGGGAUGAUUGGAUUGUUGCGGAAGAUUCGUCAUGUUGAAUUGAGGGCAGCCUUUUUGCAGUACUGCGUUCGUAUUCGAAAAGUUAAAGUUGUUUUCUACGAAGGAGCAUUGCAACCGGUCGAUGGCUUGACCAAGACUCCGAGUGCCGUGAUGUUGAAACAUUUAGGAGACUUUGUGGGUUUGGAAAUUGUUCGAAGUCUCUUGAACACUCCGGAGCCCGAAUGUGAUUCAUGGAUGGAAGAGGAUAUGUUUGUGAUUCGAGUGCAUCGUGUACCUCGUUCGGAUUUGUUUGUUCCAGAUGAAUUGUCGGAACCACCUGUUGCGUUGGGUAGGAUUGGAAAAAAUUCGUGAAACCGUUUGUGUCUUUGUAGAUGGUGGUUCACCUAUAGUCAUUCGAGAUGAAUGGAGGGAAUCGACCUUUCAGUUGGAUUCUGGAAUGAAACGGAUGUGGACGGGAGAAACUCGUUUUGAGCUUCUAGAAUGCAUAGAUGCCUUGGCUGACAGUGUUUCGAAUGCGGCGAACCAGAAAACAGUGACAUUUGAGAUGUCACCAAUUUCGCCAGAGCCUGGAACUCAGGACAGUUUGGGAAAGGAGAGUUUGUUUAUGGUGAGUUUCCGUGAAUCCAUGGAGAAAGUUCAAGAAUGGAAGAAAUCAGUUGACAUGCUAUUUGGGCCAAACUUGCCUAAAUUAGUGUUCGUUGAAGUUUGUUGUGCAAAGAUGUCGUCUGUUCAAAAGGUUUGUGAUCGAAGAAACCAAGAAGGGGAUUCGAUUUGCUAUUUUGGAAUUCAUUCUGAAACGAACUUGACAUGGAAACAGACUCAAUGUGUUCUGGCACAUGUCUUGAAGUUUUGCAAAAGGAAGAGACUUCCAGUCAGAAUUCACUUCUCGACACCUUGUACAUCAGGAUCACCGUAUAUAUUUUUGAACAGUGCAAGAAAUUCAGGAUAUAAGAAACGUUUGAAGAAAUUGCAACGUGUGCAUAGAGAUAUCUGGAAGAUAUGUAAUUCGCUGUUUGGACCGUUUGCUGGCUUGAGAACUUUUACCUUCUCGCAGGAGUGGCCUAAACAUACGCUGUUGUGGAAAGAUCCAAUCUACGUUCGAAAUGCUUCGGUAUUCGGCAUGUCAUUUGAAGAACAGGUAGAUCGAUGUGCAUUUGACAAAGUUUUUCAUAGAUGGAAAUUCAUGUGCUCGACCGAUAUUGGAGAAGACCUUGGAGGAUUCUUCUGUAUGCAUGGGCCUCAGGAUCAUUUGAAGAUGGAUGUUACUUCGAAAGGAUUUUAUCCAAUCGGAUUGGCACGCCAACUGGUCCAGAGUGCUUGGAGAGCGGUUGAGGGAUGAAAUUCAGUUGCAGCUAGUGUACAUUGAUGUUGAUAUGUUUACGACUAUUUCGGCAAGAAGGGGUGUGAAAAAUAACGUUCCUAGGAUGCCUCGUAGUCGUCUAGUACCGUAGGUUACAAUAAGUCCGUUGCUUCGCGUGUAGCAGGCGUUUGUAGCCUACGUGUGUAAUUCAUCGCUGUAGACGUCGGACCGUGUAGGAUCGUGCUGUCCUAAGUAAUUUCCAUCUCGGUGUGUGGAGAUUCGAUAGAACUCGGAGUUUCUCUAGCGCUGAUAUAUGGCACCUUUGGUGCCUGGAGAAUUAUGAUGUUCUAGAUGGUGUUUGCUUGUGCUUUAGGACUUGGUCGUGGUGCUUGCGUUGCAGCAUGAUUGGUUUGCAUGUUUUUGGAACUGACUUCCUAAGUUGGAAGAUGACUUGAAGUUGAUUUGAGAAGCUAACGUGCUCUUGUGCUUGAGAUGUUUUUGGUUGGUGUUUGGUUUUGAUGUUUUGGAGACAUGUGAGAUACCGUAUGUAAAGUGGAUAGUUUCGUUUGGAAGUGUUUAACGAAAUAGUUGAUGUAUUUUUUGGCUUAAAAGGGCCUGGGACUGGGAACUAGCUUCGGCGCGGAAACUUCCGCCUGGCUUGUUUACCGUCGGUCGCCGUUCGGUGCUCUGUGCGAGGCGCAAAGAGAGCUUAGCUGUAGCCCGCGGGGCGACCAGAGAUCAAAUUAAAGAGAAGAAGAAAAAGGAGAAUAUAUAAAGUGCGAACUAUUGUGUUUAAGUGCACAGUACUGGUACGCGUGCUCACUAGACGCUUCGGCGUUUUACA